ACCUCCUCCUCCUCUCUCUCUCUACACUUUCUCUCUCUAGAACUCUUAAAAGUUGAAAACUUUCGAAAGAAUCAGAAGCCCUUCACGAACACGACGACGCCUAUGGAGAGAGACCUGAAAGACCACAGUAGCUCCCUUCUCUCUCUCUCUCUCUCUACAAACCUUAACGCCCUAAUCUUAUCCCAGCAGCUGCGGAUCUUUCGAAUCCCAAUCUGAUUUCUCUCAAUUCCGGAACCACAAGAAUGGCGUCGGAGCUAGGGCAACAGACGGUGGAGUUCUCCGCCCUGGUGAGCCGCGCCGCCGAGGAAUCCUUCCUCGCGCUGAAAGAGCUCACCGAGAAAUCGAAGGGGGCGCCGGACCAGUCCGAUACCGAUAAGAAAAUUGGACUGCUCAAGUACUUGGCUAAGACCCAGCAACGCAUGCUCCGGCUCAAUGUCCUCGCCAAGUGGUGCCAACAGGUCCCGUUAAUACAAUACUGCCAGCAACUUACCUCCACUCUAUCAAGUCAUGAUACCUGUUUCACUCAAGCAGCAGAUUCACUAUUUUUCAUGCAUGAUGGGCUGCAGCAAGCUUGUGCUCCUGUUUAUGAUGUUCCAUCUGCAAUUGAAAUCCUCCUAACAGGGUCAUAUCAGCGUUUGCCGAAAUGUGUAGAAGACGUGGGCAUCCAGAGCUCACUAAAUGAGGAACAGCAGAAGCCGGCUUUGAAAAAGCUGGACACACUUGUGCGAUCUAAAUUACUGGAAGUAUCACUUCCAAAAGAAAUUACUGAUGUUAAAGUCUCCGAUGGUACAGCAGUGCUUCGUGUUGAUGGAGAAUUCAAGGUUUUGGUGACUCUAGGCUACCGAGGGCACCUAUCAAUGUGGAGGAUACUGCAUUUGGAACUGCUUGUUGGUGAGAGAAGUGGACCUGUAAAGCUUGAAGUAUCGCGGCGGCAUCUUCUUGGGGAUGAUUUAGAGCGCAGAAUGGCUGCUACAGAAAAUCCGUUCAUGAUAUUAUACUCAGUUCUACAUGAGCUUUGUGUUGCACUUAUCAUGGGCACUGUCACAAGGCAAGUACAAGCUCUUCGGCAAGGUAGAUGGAAAGAUGCAAUUCGAUUUGAGCUCAUAUCCGAUGGGAGCAUGAGUCAUGCAGGGACUUCUGCCUCUGCACAAUUAAAUCAAGAUGGAGAAACUGAUUCAUCUGGUCUACGAACACCAGGGUUAAAAUUUUUAUACUGGUUAGAUUUUGAUAAAAACAAUGGUAUUUCUGAUUCAGCAUCAUGUCCGUCUAUAAAAAUUGAACCAGGACCGGAUCUGCAGAUAAAGUGUCUUCAUAGCACAUUUGUCAUAGAUCCAUUAACUGGAAAGGAGGCAGAAUUUUCUCUUGACCAAAACUGUAUUGAUGUUGAGAGGUUGCUUCUGAGAGCCAUCUGCUGUAACAGAUAUACUCGUCUGCUUGAAAUUCAGAAAGAGCUGGUGAAAAAUGUUCAAAUCUGGCGAGGUGCAGGGGAUGUUUCUCUUCAGUCUCAUGUGGAAGAAGCGGAUGUUGACCAUAAAAAGAAAGAAGAUAAGUCCAAUGCUGGAGAAUAUGAAGGGCAGGAAGUAUUACGUGUGCGCGCCUAUGGCUCAUCAUUUUUCACCCUGGGAAUAAACAUUAGGAAUGGGCGAUUUCGUCUUCAGUCCUCUCAUAAUAUUCUUGCUCCUUCGGGAGUUUUGUCUGAAUGUGAAGAUACUUUAAAUCAAGGAAGUAUGACUGCAGCUGAAGUUUUCAUAAAUUUGAGAAGCAGAAGUAUUUUGCACUUAUUUGCAUCUACUGGCCGAUUUCUAGGGCUUGAGGUGUAUGAACAUAGUUUUCCUGCAGUUAAAAUACCGAAGAACAUUUUGAAUGGUUCAACUAUGUUGCUAAUGGGGUUUCCUGAUUGCGGGAGCUCUUAUUUCUUGCUGAUGCAACUUGAUAAGGACUUUAAACCCCUAUUUAAAUUGCUUGAAACUCAGCCAGAUCCAUCUAGAAAACCCGAUUCUUUAAAUGACUUAAACCAAGUGAUGCGGAUCAAGAAAAUUGAUGUUAGCCAGAUGCAGAUGCAUGAAGAUGAUAUGAAUUUAAGCUUGCUUGACUUGGGAAAACUACUCCUUCUGCCCAGUUCCAGGGGUUCUAAUCAGUCUUCUGAAAAUGGUUUUCUUUCGGAUAUCAGCAAUGAAGGUUCUAUGCCUAUUGCAGGGUGUCCACCUUCGAGUUUUUCUUCUGUUGUAGAUGAAGUGUUUGAACUAGAGAAGGGGUUAUCUGUACUUCCUUUUUCUGUUCCUGGUUCUCAUUUUGGAUCUGCUCCGAUGAAUUGUCCCUCUCCUAAAUGGGAAGGAGUUAUGCAGAUAUCACAGUUAAAUAAUUCUUCAAAUCUUUCUAGCAUGGCCACCCACUAUAAUGGAUCCUUAUAUCCAUCAAAUAAUUUGAAAGGCCCCGUACAUUCUGCUUCUCUUGGUAAUCUACCUUCUGGCCCAGGAAGGAGUGCCACUGUGAGGAAAAUACCAGUGUCAAAAUCUGAUCAGGAUUUGGCUUCUCUUAGGUCUCCACAGUCAGUUGAGUAUGGUUCUGGUACUUCAGUGGAUGAAGAUCAGCUGAGAUUUAUGAAUGAAACUUCAAAGGGUGCAAUAUAUGGGAAUAAAUCAUCCCGGUUAUUAUCUCCACCUCGGUCUACUGGUCCCAGAAUUUCUGGGCCUGGUGUGAGACCCAACGGGCCCAAAAGUACACCUAUCGGGCCUUUAACUGGACCUUCCAGAGUUGCCGGAUCAAACUCAUAUGCAACCACUCCCGUAUCCCAGGUCCCAGAUUCGGGAGUAUGUCAUAGCCCUAACCAUGAUGUUUCGAAAAAUGAUAGAAAACCUCGCAAACGCACAGUUUCAGAUAUGUUGAAUUUGAUCCCAUCACUUCAGGGUGUGGAAGCCGAUUCAGGAGUUUUUAAAAGGAGGAAAACUUCUGAAGUAACUCAUCCUCAUCAGUCUUCUUCACAGAUGCUUAUGUCAAGGGAUAUAAUUUCAAAAUUUGAAGUAAACAGUUUCGGGGAUCUGAUAUCUGAAGCAAAUAAGGGAAAUGCACCUUCCAGCAUUUAUGUUUCAGCUCUUCUUCAUGUGAUCAGACACUGUUCUCUUUGUAUUAAGCAUGCCAGAUUAACUAGCCAGAUGGCGGCUCUGGAUAUCCCUUAUGUUGAAGAAGUGGGUCUAAGAAGUACAUCAUCAAACAUAUGGUUUCGACUUCCAUUUGCCAGAGGUGAUGCAUGGCAACACUUAUGCUUGCGACUUGGCAGACCUGGAAGCAUUUAUUGGGAUGUCAAAAUAAAUGACCAGCAUUUCAGGGAUUUGUGGGAGCUUCAGAAAGGAAGCAAUGGUACACCUUGGGGUUCUGGUGUUCGAAUUGCCAAUACAUCUGACAUUGACUCUCAUAUUCGCUAUGAUCCAGAGGGUGUUGUUCUUAGUUAUCAGUCUGUGGAGGCUGAUAGUAUUAAGAAGUUAGUGGCUGACAUCCAAAGACUUUCUAAUGCAAGAAUGUUUGCCCUUGGGAUGCGGAGAUUGCUUGGUGUAAGAGCAGAUGAGAAGCCAGAAGAAAGUAGUACAAACCCUGAUUUUAAAGCACUAGGAGUCAAAGUUUCUCCUGAGGCAACUGAUAGACUAUCUGAGCAAAUGCGAAGGGCAUUUAGAAUUGAGGCUGUUGGACUUAUGAGUCUGUGGUUCAGUUUUGGAUCAGGUGUCCUUGCUCGCUUUGUUGUAGAGUGGGAGUCAGGUAAAGAGGGUUGUACUAUGCAUGUAACCCCCGACCAACUUUGGCCCCAUACCAAGUUCCUGGAAGAUUUCAUAAAUGGAGCUGAAGUUGCUUCACUUUUGGAUUGCAUUCGACUCACUGCAGGGCCCUUGCAUGCUCUUGCAGCGGCAACACGACCUGCACGAGCUAGUCCUAUACCGGGGGUCCCUGGAGGAGCAGUCCUCUCUUCUAUCCCAAAGCAGGCUGGGUACUUACCAUCUCAGGGCCUUAUGCCUACUAGUUCAACCACAAAUGCCAGUCAGUCUCCUGGCCUUAUGGGGAACGCAGUUUCAUCUCCUUCUACAGGGCCUCUUGCAAAUCAUAGCCCGCAUGGGGCUGCUGGUUUAGCUGGUGCUGGCCGAGGUGGACCUGGCAUUGUACCCAGCUCACUGUUGCCCAUUGAUGUCUCUGUUGUGCUACGUGGACCCUAUUGGAUACGGAUCAUAUACCGAAAGCACUUCGCGGUUGACAUGCGCUGUUUUGCAGGAGAUCAGGUUUGGUUGCAACCAGCAACCCCACCCAAGGGGGGCCCUUCCAUUGGUGGGUCACUACCUUGCCCUCAAUUUAGACCAUUUAUUAUGGAGCAUGUAGCCCAAGAAUUGAAUGGUUUAGAUACUAAUUUCACCGGUGGUCAGCAGACAGGACUGUCAAGUUCAAUCAAUCAAACCCCAAGUUCAGGUUCCCAACUGUCUACUGUAAAUGGAAAUAGGGUUAACCUCCCUGGUUCUGCUGCUAUGUCCAGGACAGGCAACAACCAAGUAGCUGGUUUAAACCGUGUCGGAAAUGCUUCUCUGGUAUCCUCAAAUUUGGCUGUUGUGAGCUCAGCAGGGCCGGCUUUACGUAGAUCCCCAGGUCCUGGUGUCCCUGCUCAUGUGAGAGGAGAACUGAAUACAGCCAUUAUUGGUCUUGGAGAUGACGGAGGGUAUGGAGGUGGUUGGGUUCCUCUUGUUGCUCUUAAAAAGGUGCUAAGAGGUAUUCUCAAGUACCUUGGAGUUCUAUGGCUAUUUGCCCAGCUACCAGGGCUCUUGAAAGAGAUUUUGGGGUCAAUUCUGAAAGACAAUGAAGGCUCACUUCUAAAUUUAGACCAGGAGCAGCCCGCCUUGAGAUUCUUUGUUGGUGGCUAUGUAUUUGCUGUAAGUGUUCACAGAGUUCAACUUCUUCUUCAAGUACUGAGCGUGAAACGAUUCCAUCAGCAGCAGCAACAAGGGCAACAGCCAAAUACAAACACUGCCAAUGAGGAAUUAUCUACAGCCGAAAUAGGAGAAAUAUGUGACUACUUCAGUCGGCGUGUUGCUUCAGAGCCUUAUGAUGCAUCUCGUGUCGCGUCAUUCAUUACUCUCCUUACCUUACCCAUAUCAGUUCUAAGAGAAUUCUUGAAAUUAAUAGCAUGGAAAAAAGGACUAGCCCAGGCACAAGGGGGAGAUGUAUCACCUGCUCAAAAACCCCGUAUUGAAUUAUGCCUUGAAAACCAUGCUGGCUCGAGUAUGGAUGGGAGCUCAGAUAAUUCAUCUGUUGCCAAAAGUAAUAUUUAUUAUAAUCGGCCUCAUAACUCAGUUGAUUUUGCAUUGACACUUGUUCUUGAUCCUGCUCACAUACCUCCUAUAAACGCCGCUGGUGGAGCUGCAUGGUUGCCAUACUGCGUCUCAGUGAGGUUGAGGUAUUCAUUUGGCGAAAAUCCUAGCGUGUCCUUUCUUGGUAUGGAAGGAAGCCAUGGAGGUCGAGCUUGCUGGUUGCGCGUUGAUGACUGGGAGAAGUGUAAAAACAAGGUUGCUCGAACUGUGGAACAUCAGGGUAGUUCAGGAGUAGACGGUAGUCAAGGAAGGUUAAGAAUCGUAGCUGACUAUGUGCAAAGGACACUGCAUAUGUGCUUCAAGGGCUGAGGGAUGGUAGUGGGGUUAGUGCAGCCUCCGGGGCAACUUGAUAGGUUGUCUCACUCAGAUAGAUACUUUUAUACUACUUCAUUCGGGAUUAAAUCUCGAUGAUUUUAGCGCAGAUUGACCGUGGCUAGUGUUCCAUUUUUCGGUUCUCAGUUUGUUGCAGGAGGAGAAACUUGUAGUUAUAGGGUGGAGAGCAAAUCUUGUGGUAGGGGAAUUGCCGGGAGACGGUGGCCUUUUAGAAUGUAGUUGCAGAGGUUAGCAUGGAGAUUGACGGGGCGGUGAUGGCGGAGAUGGCCUAAUAUCUUUCUUUUUUUGCUGAUUUGGUUCUUUUGAUGAUAGGGUGUACAAUAUUUUGGACAUUUUCUGAUGAUUGUUGUACAAAUCAGGCUUUAAGGUUAUACUUUGUAAACAUUUUGUUUCCUGCAGUGGGUCAUUUCUCAAGUAACCGUUCAACAGAA